AUGCCGGGUUCAUGUUGUUGGAGGAGGAGCAGGGGCUCCUUCGCGUUGCUUUGUCUCGGUGUGCUUGUGUUCCGUGCCGCUCCGGGCCGGGCGGACUGCCGGGCCGCGGGCCUGUGCUGCUCCGGCCGGGACCCGUCCUGCACCAGUGAGGGCUGGAGGGCUGACCGCUCCUACGGCCCCUGCUACUGCGACCAGGCCUGCGUCUCCACCCGGGACUGCUGCCACGACUAUGAGGCCGCCUGUCCCGCGGUGUCCUGCGUGGUGAGCGAGUGGACGCAGUGGUCCGGCUGCGCUGAGCCGUGCAGGGCCACAGUUCGCCGGCGGAGCAGGGUCAUUGUGCAGGAGCCGCUCAAUGCUGGGAAACCCUGUCCCCAUCUGGAGGAGCACGCUGGCUGUGCAGAGUACUGGUCGAACCAAGGGAACUGUCACAGCUCACUGGUUCCAGCUCUUAUAACCACAGGUGGCUAUGGCAACACCAGGAAGAAAAGAGACCUCCUCCUCGACAGUGGCGACAUUAUCGGGUACUGUGUCCAGUUUCAGUUGACCUCUCUGACUAAAGGGUGCCAGGAGAGUCUGGGCCCACACACCCGCUGGAUGCAGUACCUCCAGCAGGGCCACCAUGUGUGUGUGAAGUGCCAGCCGCCUGCUCUGGCUAACGGACAGCAACACUGUGCUGGAGACGGUGAGGAAAGCCUCGACGACAGGAGACAGUCUCUCCAGUGGCAGGCGGUGGGAAACCCUCGAUGCAAGGGAGUGUGGAGACGUGUGGGGAGGCUGGAGGCCUGCUCCUGCCCAACAGCCCACAGCUUCCUCUUCAUCUGACCUCCUCUUUCCUUCUUGU